ACUUUAAAUUCAGCCAACUGGUCUUCUUCGUGUUAAUUCACUCGUACAGUAAACGUUGGUCGUAACACUUGGGUGAAUAUUUUAAUGUACUUUUUAAUCGUUUGGACCUAAACCAACAUGGCAAACGGGCACGUGGAAAUCCACGACCCCUUCUCCAACCAUAACAGCCCAAAAUCUACCUCAGACACAGACAGCAUGGAGGACACGGUGGAGUACAGGCUCCUUAUGGCCUACGCAUCGAGGAGACGGAUGGAAAAUAAGGUAUCCACACAGGACGUACCGACUUCACUAAGAGGUGGCACAGAUGAAAACGGAUCCUCGCCUCAGAUGCCGGCCGUGACUGAAAAAGAGGGGAAAAAGAGGAAGAAGAAGAGGAAGAAGGGAUGGAAACUCCUGCCAAACCUUUUUAGCUGUAUCAAACCUCAGACCGGUGCUGAAGAACCGCCCCAAGAGACUGUGAAUCAGCAUGAUGUUGACGACCGAUGUGGUGAUAUGGUUUUAAUUUCUGAAGUAGAAGAAGAGGAUGAGCUGAAAGACUUAGCAGGCAAGCUAACAAAUAUCGCUGAUGAAAUCCCAUUCAUUCCUCCAGAUUUAGAGACUGACUCGCCCACAGUUGAUGUGAAUGUGGAGAAAACCAUUGGCCUGCUGCUGAGGGAGAGUGGAGACAGACUGAACGAGAAGGAGCUGAAAGAUGCUGGUAUAGCCACAGAGCUUUUUUGGAACUACAGUUUCUUUAAGAUGCUAAUGACGACCCUUCUCACGAGGAUGGGCCUCCAGUCCCCCAACCCCGACUCUCCGGGCCCGAAAGCAUCUCCCAAAACUCAGAUCUCUGUGACCUGUGAGGUCACCAGUCGUCUAUCGGCGUUGAGCACGCUGCCCAGCAACCGACUGCUUGACCACGGAGCCAGAUAUCUGCAAAAUUAUUAUUCAUCCUGGGUACAGCAGCAGGGUGGAUAUGAGGAAGCCUUUUACAGUGACGAUGAGGACGACAUCUAGUGAACAGUAUGUUCUCUUGAAGGCUUUAACUUUUGCACAAGGAACAAACUAAGACUCAGGACACACAUUUUGUACUUCACUUCAGUUUACAUGCACAUAAAACCCCGACCUGACAAGCAUUAAUAUACCUGCAGCUGCUGCAUGUGCAUUAUCGUGUUAAUCUGGGUUUUCUUUUCAUAAAUAAGUAUAUUGGUCUGGUCUUUCUUCUGUGUCAAUUUCUUGUAAGUCUUAGAAGGAACCAAAGAUGAAACUAUUUUAAUGUCAUUGAUAACUACUGUUUGAUGUGAUAGAAGUGUAAAAUAAUAGUUCUGUUUUCUCAGGGAGAUGUAGGGUACAUGUAGCACUUUUUUUUUGGUUUGGUGGACAAAAAAUAUUUUUCAUAAGACUAAUUAGAUAUUUUUCAGCACUUGCACUUUUUCAAGAAAAUUAAU